AUGGCCGCCUCAGCCAGGGUGACCGAGUAUGUUGGCUGGACCCCUGAAGAAAUUGAGAUCAAUGGCGACAAAAGCCUCCUUGCUGCAGCCCUACUCAGAGACCGGCUGUGUGUGAUCAGCGACGGUUCUUAUAAGCUCGGUCUGGGCACGGCAGCGGUUCAACUGCUUCCACGUAAGGGUGGCACGGAACGUAUUAUUGUUUGGUGCCAGACUCCAGGUCUCACUGAGGACCAGAGCGCGUACCGGAGUGAAUUAAGUGGCCUACUGGCCGGUAUCAUGGUUGUUGAUUGGCUCCUGGAUCAGUGGGCCCCAACACUUCGAUCACCACCCCGCGAUAGGAUUGCGUGCGAUGGAUUUUUGGCGUUGCUCAACACCUUUGGUGCCAAUCGAGUCACACCGCAACAAGCCCAGUUUGACCUGGUCUCCUCUAUCCGGGAGGCACUUGCCCGCUCUAGGGCCUCGUGGGAACCUAGCCACGUGUACGGUCAC